CAUAUCCAACCGUAGAUAUUGUUUCUCCACUCUACUACUUAGCUACCUAGCUCCCCUCUCACUUGCCUUGUCUCUCGAUCAUCUCUCUCUCUCUCUCUCCAGCCAUCAGCAACUACUGCAAAUAAGCAAGAUGUUAAAAUCUCAAGAACAACUUCCAGAUUGUUACUACCCAAAUCAACCAAUAUUAAUCCGCCCAAACUCCCCCACCCCAAAGCAUUGCAUCCACCUCUCAAAUCUCGACGACCAAAAGUUUCUCAGAUUCUCAAUCAAAUAUCUCUACCUUUUCAAGAAAUCUGUCAACUUAGAAACCCUAAAACAUGCCCUCUCUAACGUCCUCGUUGGCUACUACCCAUUGGCUGGGAGGUUGAGAAGCAACGCUGACCAUGACCAGAAGCUCGAGGUUGACUGCAAUGGAGAAGGUGCUGUAUUUGCCGAGGCUUUCAUGGACAUCACUGCUCAGGAUUUUCUUAAACUUUCCAGCAAGCCAAACAGGUCUUGGAGGAAACUCUUGUACAGGGUGGAAGCUCUCAGUUUCUUGGAUAUUCCUCCUCUUGUUAUUCAGGUUACAAAUCUCCGUUGUGGUGGAAUGAUCUUGUGUACAGCAAUCAAUCACUGUUUAUGCGACGGCAUUGGCACAUCCCAGUUCUUACACGCGUGGGCCCACAUAACAGCGAAGCCAGAUCUCGAUCCACCAAUCCAACCGAUCCACUCUCGCCACGUGUUAAAAUCCCGGAGUCCUCCAAUGGCAACCUUCCGUCAUCCUCAAUUUACCCUAACAAGCAACAAUGGCCACGUGGACAUAAUGAGGCUGCUCCAAUCGCAGCCGCUUGUCCCCACAUCCUUAACCUUCACCCACUCCGACAUCCUUCACCUCAAGAGACGAUGCGCACCCUCGCUAAAGUGCACCACUUUCGAAACCCUGGCAUCUCAUACGUGGCGCUCCUGGAUUAGAUCAUUGAAUCUGCCACCGUCUCUGAACAUCAAGCUCCUCUUCUCCAUGAACAUACGAAAAAUGUUAAACCCUCAGAUCCCACAGGGCUACUACGGCAACGGGUUCGUGCUAGCAUGCGCCGAAACCACCGUGAAGGAUCUUGUCGGUGCUAACUUGCGGCAUGGUGUUAAGUUGGUUCAACAGGCCAAACAAGAUCUUAAUGAUGAGUAUGUAAGGUCGAUGGUUGACUUAUUGGAGGAGAAAACAUUGAAGACGGAUCUGUGCGCGAGUUUGGUUAUAUCGCAGUGGGCGAAGUUAGGGUUAGAGGAUUUGGAUUUCGGAGAAGGGAAGCCAUUGCAUAUGGGGCCUCUAACGAGUGAUGUUUACUGCUUGUUUUUACCUGUUGUUGGAGAUUUGGAUGCUGUGAGAGUUCUUGUGUCCGUGCCCGAAAGCUUGGUUGAGAAAUUUGAAUAUUACAUGACAGAAUUUUCGUGUGCUGAAGAAAGAAAUGGAGAUCAUCGUGCUAAUGGAUUCCAUGCCGAAGAUCCAAUGGAAUAUUAGAUAUUUGAUUGAGGAUUAAUGAGAAUUUUUGUUUGUUCAUUGAAUAUUUUUUAUCCUCGAGUCUCAGCCAAUGUAUCAUGUAUGAGUAUAAUAAUGGGAGCAGCUCACUACUGUAAAAUGAGUAUCGAUAAUUAAUUGUAAACUGACUGACAAGUUUUUAAUUUGUUUGAGUGUGUUUUGGUUUUUGCGACCA